AAUAAUAACAACAACAACAGUAUUAAACACGUGUUUCCCAUAAAACACAAUAAUAUCGUUAUCAUCACAAUUAUCAUCACAAUUAUCAUCGGCGGUAAACCUAUAGCUAACUACUGGUUCGGGCCAUUGAAACAAAAAUGGGUAAAUCCAAGAGUAGCCGCAGCCGCAGCCGUACUAAACUUCGGCAACAAAGUUGGCCAUCAAUUCCGCAGUCAAUGGCCGCUGCUGUUGCCGCCGCCGCUGCUGAUGAAGACAAACAACUAAUCAAUAUUCACGGCUACGGCGGCGGCGGCGGUGGUGGUGGUAGUGUUGGUGGUGAUGGUAGCGGUCAAUUGUUGGCCGAAAUUAGACAAAAGUUGGUCAGUUCGAAGCCAGCCGAUCGGCAUUUCGGUGCCAAUAUGAUUGUCCAAUCGAUGACCAACUUUGACAACUAUACAGACACUGAACUCAAACAAUUGGUUCGUACGCUUAGUCCGCUAUGUCUGGACAGAGCCGAAAACUGCCGAAACGCGGCCACCGAUAGUCUAUGUUAUCUGAGUUCAUUGUCCGAUCGCUUGUGCGAUCUGAUGGUCGCCGCCGAUGUUAUGACACCAAUUGCUGAACUGUUUGGCCAACAUUUUGCUGCUACCGAUUAUUGGACAAAACAAGACAACAAUACAAACGGCAGCCGUCAUUUGUCGCGUCAAUUAUCGGAUCAGAUUUACAUCAAUUGUUGCCGACUAGUGGCCAACUUAUGUUGUACGUCCGUUAAGGCCAUCGAUAUCUUUAAUAAAUCUGCAAAACUGUUGACACAAAUACUUGUUAACGGUUUGCGAGCCGUCGUCGACCCGUCCAUUAGCGAAGUGGCCAUUGCUUCGGCUCAAUGUAUAUCAGUGGUAUCGGAAGACAAUCGUUUACCUGAACUCUAUGUUACCGAAAAUGUCGAUUUUAUUAGACAACUAAUGCAAUGCCCGACGGCUACAACAACAACAGUCGGGGACAACAGUUCAACGACACUGUAUUUAGCCGUAUUGUGCGCACAGAUAGCCUAUAAUAUGACUACAACUACUACUACUGCCGCUACCAUUGAUGAUACCAGUCCAGCACUGGACGUUAUAUUUGCGGUCAUCGACAAUGUCCUCAGUAGGCCGUGUCAUACGGAUAUUACCGAUUUAGCAACGAAUAUACAACAGUUUUUAGACACCAAUAAAGAUAUCGAUAAUUUGCGCGAUAAUUACCGAAACGUCAAGAAUCUAAUUUUGGCCAAACGAUCGGCACUGGAAUUGAUUGCCAAUAUUAUCGGCGGCAGCGGUGAUGAUGAGGCCGUGGAUGAUGACGAGGACAUGGAUUACAGUGACUGCGAUGAUGAUGGUAUAGAUGAUGAUGAUGUUGUUGUCGAAAGUGGUGACAUCGAUGAUGUCGAUGAUGAUAAUAAACGGUUAGCUUCGGGAUUAAGUCCGAAAAUCGAAUCGAUGAUAGUGGCCAUGGGUUUGAUUGAUAAAAUUGGCCAACAUUUGUGUCCACUUGAUCGACAAUUAAGUGACAAACUUUCGGCUACCGGUUUCGGUACCGAAAUAGUUGAAUGCAUCCAAACCAUACAAUUAUGUUCAAUGACUUGUUUGCAUAAUUUAGUCGACUGUAUGUCCAAACAGUUUAGUCGUACUUCACUACUAAAUGAACAAAUCUGGCGAUACAUCUAUAGUAUAGUAUUCGGUGACAACAAUACCCACCAAAAUGACAUACCUGUCCACCAACAAUGCAAUCAGCAAUUACUUGAAGAAUCAGUUAAUACAAUGAGAGCACUGGUAGCCGGUAAUCAACAGUUGUCGCUAUCGGUUAGCGAUUUGGAUAAACUGUGGGCCAAUUGUCUACGGCUACAGCAGUGGACAACCGGCGACGGCUGUUCAAUGGCCUACAAGAUUAAUGUUAUUAAUUUGAUGUCACUGUGCGGCCAACGAUCUGAGGACAUUGGGUUUAUCGAACGGCUAACCGAAUUACUAUUAUCGGGACUGGUGUCGGCUGCCGGCGAUUUGGUGGUCAGAGCCGAACUGAUUGAUGCAUUGAUUGAUAUGCACAGCGAAGAUCAUAAAACGGAUCCCGUGUUAAUCAAAUUGAAUCUAAUUAGUCGACUAAAGUCGGCGGCACUGGUAUUCAGGAAAGAGGUUAACAAUAGCCGAUCGGCAAAGUCCAGUCCAAUUGUAUCGACAGUACAUAUGAAUGUAAUGCCAUUUAUUAAAUAUAACUAUUACUAA